GGCACCUACCGCUCAACGGGAUUGCGACUUUGCCUCCGUGUCUUGGCAAUGGCCGCGGCGACAUACGGCACCUUUGGCGACGAACCAGAACACCAUCCCGUGCGCAGGGUCAAGGCGCCGUGGAAGCUCAAGGCAGAGUGUUACACGCUGCUGUUGAGACUAAAAGAAUUGCCCAAAGGAGCCCAUGACGCAUUUGAAGAGGCAUGGGGAGGCGAAGAGUUUGGCACGUUUGCGGGUGGCUUGGGCUCCGUCAUGAUUGUGAGGUACAGUGAUACGCCUGUCGGCCCAUACGACGAACUCAUGCUCGUCCCGGGCAACUUCAGCUUCCCCAACCCCACAAGCAGCGACGCGCCUAAGCUCCCCCAAAAAGCCCUCCGCAUAUCCCGCAUCUACGUCUCCCAACGCACAACCGCCUACAACGGCCGCCUCAACUGGAACAUCCCCAAGCACCUCGCUCGCUUUUCCUUUUCCGCUCCACCCACAGCCCCAGGCCAGUCGCCCCCACCGUCCCUCACCGUCCAGGUCUUUGCUCCAGGCACCACCGACGGCGACGGCACAGCCCCCUUUUUCGCUUGCACAGUCAAGCCAUGGCAGUGGAUUCCCGCUCUUCCUGUAAACACCAAAUACAUACCCCUUAGUCUUACCGUUGCCCAGCCCCCCAUUCCGGAGCAUGCUGGCUUCAAGGCGGCUGCCGCCAAAGCGGCAGUGGACAAUGCCCACACAGUCGAUGAGUAUGAUAUCGAUCCCGCAAAGGCUGGAGCGGUCCUGCCGGGCACAGAUAGGUGGCGUGCGUUUGACGUUGCCGCAACGAGUCCCAGUGCGAGGGGGUGCUGGGUAGAGGUCCAUGCAAGGACUGAGGAAGAGGGGGAGAGCGAGGAGAGUAAGGUCUUCUGGCCCAAGGGAUUGACCAUGUGGAGUGUGGGCGGGUGGAUGGAGCAUGUCAACUGGGUGCUUGGCGAGGUUAUCGAGUGGAUGUAAGUGUUCAAUGGC